CUGAGGGUCAUAUUUUGGCAAAAUCGAAGUGUGAAUUGCGAGUGUUCGAGUGAUCACAAUGAAGUCCUGGGUGUUCAGGGUUCUGGUGGUGUUUGGUGGAUUGGCAACGCUUCACGCUGCUACUGACAAAGUGGUAUGUUAUUUUGGAAGUUGGGCCACAUAUCGCGUGGGAAACGGCAAAUUCAGUGUAGAGGACAUUAAUCCGAAGCUGUGUACCCACAUCAUUUACUCUUUCGUGGGACUAGACGCCACUACAAAUACGGUGAAAUCUUUGGAUACGUACAAUGAUAUUACGUUGCAGGCACUGCAACGAUUCGUUGGCCUGAAGUCCCGGAAUCCCAGUGUUAAACUAAUGGUUGCAAUCGGUGGCUGGAAUGAAGGGUCUACUACGUACUCAACAAUGGCGGCGUCAGCAACCCUACGAAAGGCGUUCAUCGAUUCGGUUGUGAGUUUCCUGCAAACGUACAAAUUCGACGGCUUCGACGUUGACUGGGAAUAUCCAACGCAACGAGGUGGUAACACUCAAGACCGGGCAAACUUCGUGACACUCCUCAGCGAAUUGAAGUCGCGUUUCAGCUCUCUUGGAUACAUUCUGUCGAUCGCGGUUGGAGCUUCCAAGGAUCUACACUCCACCGCGUACAACGUGCCGGAGAUCAACAAGUACGUUGAUUUCGUAAAUCUGAUGACCUACGACUUCCAUGCUUCUUGGGAUGGGAAGACAGGGCACAAUGCACCACUGUACGCUGCCAGCUGGGAAGGAUCAACCAGUCUUCUCAACGUGGAUGCUGCUGUUCGUGGUUGGCUGGAUGAUGGCUUGGCUGCCAGUAAGCUGAUCAUGGGCAUUCCGGUGUACGCGCAGACAUAUACGUUGGCAUCUAGCGGGAGUAAUGGGGUCGGCGCUUCAACUACGGGAGCAGGAACCGCUGGUCCAUAUACUCAACAGGCAGGUAUGCUAAGCUAUUUGGAGGUUUGCGAACGCUUGAAGACUGGUUACACCAUAAUGUGGGACGACGUACAGAAGGUUCCGUACGCAUUUUCCGGAAAUCAGUGGAUGUCGUUCGAUGAUGUUACGUCGAUCGGUCUGAAAGUUGCCUACGCUAAAAGCAAGGGUCUUGGAGGCGUGAUGGUGUGGUCGAUCGAGAGUGACGACGAUCAGAAUAUUUGUGGAGGUGGAGCUUAUCCGAUCAUCGGAUCCAUCAGCGCGGCAGUGAUGGGAGGUUCUGCGGGAACGAGUACCACAACAAAGCCCUCAACGACAACAACAAAACCAGCAGCGGUAACGACAACAACAACAGCUAAACCAACUACAACGGUAACGACAAAGGCUACCACGGCAAGUCCCAAAGUGACCACAACAACAACAACGACCCGUCCAGCAGGAACACCCGUUUGCAAGAAUGGCUUUGCUAGAGAUCCAACUGAUUGUAGAUAUUUCUACCAGUGUACUUCUGAUGGAAUACCCAAUCCUAGCUGGCGUUCAAUGUGUCCAGCAGGCACUUACUUCGACGAGAGCAUCAAUGCUUGCAACUGGCAGAAUUUGGUCAGCUGUCCCUAGUCGUUUGCGCGAAUUCAAAUGGUUCCAAAUUUCUGCAUACAUAAAUAUGUUUCUAAAGAUGCUUACACUUCCAUUUCUGUUCGAAAAUUUAAUAAAAAGGUAAUAAAAAAAUCUGAAGCACAAUAGUCUUUUA